ACACUGCUCAGUUACGGCCCGACAUGCCGCUGUCUUCGCAAUAUGAGCAGCAGCAUACAGUAUAUCAUUGGGGUGCUUUUCAUCUUAGCUUCCGUCUUCAUUCGCUCUUAGCGGACUUGUGGCCAAAUCCUUACAGGCCGAAUGGAUGGACCAGCCCGUACAGGCGUUUCGAUCCGGUCUAGUUGCAUAUCAUCCACGGUCAUACCAGUUCAUGCCUGCCCCGAUAAAACUCGGCAAGGCACAAUCUUCUUUAUUGUCGUGGUUUUCUUUUCACCGGCGCGCUCCACAUCUUGUCAGUUCCUUCCUUGCAGCCCUGAAGCCAGGGACAAAAUCUGAAGCAGUAUUCCGCAAAGGAGCACAAAGCCGUUUUUUUCCCACCCGCGAACUGCAUUGUUAUCAGGAGGUAGACCCUCGGUCUACAUUUGAAAUUUGUACCGCUUCCUCCCUGACGAGGUUUUUUUUUAAUGGUGUAUGUCACCCACGCCCGAGACCAUCUGAAUCGUUUGAAUCCGUGCUUCGUCACAGCUGCGUAUCUUUUUUUUUUUUGAUGAUUAUGCUACGCGAAACCUUGAUCGCAUAUUUCACAGCUACCGUCGGUUUGAGGGGGACUCGAGUUCAAUUUGAAUGUGCUGACAGAUCUCUCGACCUAGCCCGCGAAUCAAUAUUAAUGAAUGACAGUCUAUCCUUGUGCGCGACGCGUUACGUUAGGAGAAAACCACAUGGCAGGGUAUGUCAAAUGUUUCGAUGGGAUAACGUCAGUCCUGUGAUAGAAGCUAUGAUUUUGUUGCGGGGAAUUCGAAGCGCAUCUGCUUUCUUCUCCCGGGGAACGGAAGGACGGAGGCAAAUUGCGUAGGCGCCACAAGCGGGGCCGUCGGUUACAAGCGGUUUACAGUUUCAAAUCUGCAUUCCCGACCCUUUAGCGUAGCGAUCGGACUCGGACAAGCUUUAUGCUUUCUGAAACGGACGACAAUGGUUCAAGAUUGCAUUGUGACUCCAAAGGAGCAGGGGGCGAAAUGUGUCAAGGCAAGACAGUAUAGAGAUAUAAGAUAUACAUAAGGCGCUGGCGCACAGGGACUACAAGAAAGCAAGGAACAAGAAAACUAUAUAUGAGAGCUAAGAGCUAGGGUGUUACAGAGAUAGAAUAUGCGUGGGGAGCAGGUCAAAUAGUACUAUGUACGUAUAACGGGGAUUAAUGAUACCUAUUUGACUAGAGA